GAGCUUCUUCUUCUUCUUCUGCUUACGGUGUUGUAAUCUCUGUAGCAAUAGCAGAGCUUCACUUCAAGAGAUAUAAAUGGCAGGCUCUAAAAAUGCGUCAAAGAAGAAGCAAAAGUGCGGUAUCGACUUCAAGAAAAUAAAGCGGAAGAUUGGCAGAAAAUUGUCACCAGCACAGAAUGCUACAAAUACUGAGAUUAAAUCUAAAGCAAUUGUUCUCCCUGAGCAGAGUGUGGCAUCCGAGAAGGCAGGAUUAGCAGUGAACAAGAAAGGCUUGACUUUGAAAGAGCUUCUUCAACAAACAUCUCAUUACAGCUCAAAAGUCCGUAAAGACGCAUUGUUGGGAAUUAAGGAUUUAUUCCUUAAGCAUCCAGAAGAGUUGAGGUUGCAUAAGUACGCUGUUAUUGAAAAACUGCGUGAACACAUUGGUGAUGAUGAUAGACUAGUUCGAGAAACGCUGUAUCAGCUUUUCAAGUCAGUGAUUUUCCCUGGAUUUAAGGAGGAUAAUCAAGAGCUUUUUGUUUCCUUGAUGAUGGCCUAUAUAUUUAAUUCAAUGACACAUUUAGCAAUUGAUGUUCGACUGAUGGCUUUCAAAUUUUUGGAGCUUGGUGUUGAGGUUUCGAUUAUUUGGAUGCAUUAUAAACUGAACAAAAACCAAUAAAACCCAACAAUAAAAGCAUGAACAAGAACAUUCAUCUCUCUUUCCGGGUUCUCUGGAAUCCCAAAAUCUUCGCUCAUAAUAAGACGGUUCUAGGUUCACCAUCUUAAAACCUUCACUAAACCUCAGUUUUCUUGCUCAUCCAGUCAUCCCUCCAUCCAAUCCCAAUCGCUUGCUUCUCUCAUUGUCCCAAACUCACUCUCACUCUCACCUUUGCGGCCUACAUCCCUCUUCAAUUCUCAAAACCAUACUAAACUCAUCCGCUGUCCGAUCUCGCGAGUAUGCAAAUACAAUAAUAAACCAAACUUACUUGAUAUAUGGAAUAUAAAACUUGCGCUAACAAAUUUGUACGUCGGAUCAUAUCUUAUUCUCUUCCUCAUUAUUACAUGAAUGUGGUAGGGGGUUUUAGGUCGAACCAUCAACGCCAUAAAUUUCAAC